AGAAUGACAGUUUGUCAACAUGAGGGCCUGUGAAAUCCUAACGGAUCUUGUUCCACCUGGGCUAGAUUCAGUGACUGAGCAGUAGUGGAGGACAUAGGUCGGCCUACACACCUAAAUACCUGUGAACUCGUGUCGCUUGAUGGAGUAGCCUCUUGUGGGAGUGAAUGUUGUCGAGCUGGGACGCUGGCCAAGCUUGUUACACCGGGAGGAGGGACGAUAGUUUAUUGAGAUUGUUCCCCACGUUAAUAAUGUGUUAUGAGUCUCCAGAUUCCACAGAUCAUCAUUUCUUGUGAAGACGGCAUAUUGGUCCAGGAAGUAGACGAGGGUCAACCCUGCCUGGCCUGUACGGACCACUGUCCCGGCUUCAGCCUCCAUGUAUGGAGAAACACUUGUCAGAACUGCAAGUGCCCCCGUGAGCUUCAUGAUGUGUACAAUGAGAACUUUGUCAACGUCCGAGAUCGCCUGGGCUGGAAGCGCCAAGAUGACCCCUCACUGCAGGUGUCGAAGGAGAAGACGUUACGAGAGGGCUACACCUGGGUGCCUCCAGGACUCUCCAGCCAGAAGAUUGAGGAGUACAUGGACCAGCUGCCCAACCACAAAGUGCCGAGGAUUGGGACGCCGGGGGAGAAGUACCGCGACAUGCAGCUCAUCCGCCAACUUCCCAAGCAGGACCUCUCCAUCGACUACAACAAAAACAUGCCUGAGGAGGUCGAGAAGAGGGAAUUUCAGAUUUUCCGAGAUCUCCGCGAUCAGGUUGCCAUGGAUAUCGGCGUGGUGAAAGACUCACCUGUAGCAAUUAGUUGCUACUACUGCAAGGGGGAGAUCGACGUAGCCGACCUGGUAGUGUGUGCGUCUAAAGCCGGAAAUGAUGUGUGUUGGCACCCGGCAUGUUUUGUGUGUGAGGCUUGCGAGGAACUCCUGGUGGACAUGACGUACUGCUACCACUCAAAACAUAUAUACUGUGAGCGGCACUAUGCAGAGACUAUACGGCCUCGAUGCCCUGCUUGUGAUGAGUUGAUAUUUUCUGGCGAGUACACCAAGGCCAUGGAUCAGAACUACCACACUGACCACCUGGCCUGCUGGAACUGUGACAAGCAGCUGGUGGCCUGCCGCUACAUUCUGAAGGAGGAGCACCCCUACUGCAUCCCCUGCUACCAGCAGCUCUUCGCACACAACUGUGUGGAGUGCAGCAAGCCCAUCGGACCCGACUACAAGUCUAUCCGGAUCGCAAAACCAGAUCUGUCAUAUAAGGACUACCACUGGCACGAGGAAUGUUUCAAGUGCGUGAGCUGUCAGAAGUCACUGGUUGAUCAGCCCUUUGCCCCCAAGAACAAUGCCAUCUACUGUGCUGACUGCCACGAUGAAAACUUUGCUGCUCGCUGUGAUGGCUGCCAACAGCCCUUUAGGGGAGGUAUGAAGAAGUUUGAGUACAAGGGCAAGCAAUGGCAUGACAACUGCUUCACCUGCAGUGAGUGUAGACAGCCCAUCGGCAACAUGAGCUUCAUCCCGAGGGACGAACUUGUCAUCUGUGUCCCAUGCUACGAGACCAACUAUGCACAGAGAUGUACAAAGUGUGCCGGGGUGAUCAACAAGGGAGGGAUUGCCUACAAGGGCACACCAUGGCACAAGGAAUGCUUCACAUGCACCAACUGCAACAAGAUGCUAUCUGGAGAGAAGUUCACAUCAAGGGACGAGAAGCCAUACUGCGGAGACUGCUACGGUCAACUGUUCGCCAAGAAGUGCUGUCGUUGCACACAGCCAAUCACAGGUAUUGGUGGCACAAAGUUCAUCUCUUUCGAGGAACGUCACUGGCACAGUGACUGCUUUGUAUGCUACAAGUGCAAUGCCUCCAUGGUCGGCCGCGGCUUCCUGAUGAACGGCGACGACAUUGUGUGCCCGGAGUGUGGACGCUAACUACAUACCACAACCAAGGGAUGGGUAACAAUGGGAAAAGGGAGGAGACACCUCCCGAGGAGAACGUGUACUGUAUCAGGGUCCCAAGGAUAUGUUUACACCAAGUGCUUCAACUCUCAACUCUCAACUCCACAGAUCUUAUGGGACGUCAUCUAUUUUGACAAAUGUGCAGAUUUUACUAAAACAUAGCCAAACAGAAAACUAUUCCAUCCAACAGGCAGCAGUACCAAAAUCUGACAUUGUGAUCUGCAUAUGCAAAUUAACAGUGUCAAAUCCCCACUGCCACACAUAUGGAUGUACAACUUCUUGAUACAUUACCAUUAGGAGGUUGGUGAAUACCUUGUGAUGUUAUGAUGACAACUGCUUCUGUAAGGUUGGUGCAGCUGCAUGCACAGUUGUUUUCCUAAAACAUAAUGAUAACCAACUUGCUACAUUGUUACCUAUCCCUUAUGGAUGCAAGGUGAAUGCAUAAUUAGACAGUAGGUGGCGUAGGAAUCUCUCAACUGGCUUGAUGUUGCUUUAGUGAUGUGCGAGAGGUGUGAAAAGGAGACCGGAUGACAGAAAUAUAUUUAUAAUUUAUUUAUCUCAGCCAGUCAGAUGAAGGUGACGUAUUGUGCGUGCCAGUUGACACUGUGUAAAAUACUUGGUUUGACAUUUUCACUUUUACUGAAAGUCAGAUUUUCUUUCGCUGAAAAAUGUUUAUUGAAUAUUUUACACUUUUUCGUCUUGGGUUCAAAUCUUAAACAUAUCAACAAGAAAAUAUCAAGGACUGAAACUUAGAAGCUGAUGUUUAGGUAGGGUGAUGAGCUACAUAGAAUAACAAAAGUUUGAUUUUUGUGCAGUUUUGCAUUUUAUGUUUUCAGUUGGUUGGAGUUGCCAAUGAUGAGAUAAAUUGUUUUCUAAAUAUAGGAAGAUGAAUUCAUUUUUCACAUUUCAGAAAUUACGAUUAAGUAUGUCUGUAUGUUAUGACUUCAAUUCUAGUCUAAAACUCUGUGUAUAUAACCUGUCUGUUACACCUGUAUUAUAUAUUCCAUAUAUUGAUUCAGAGCUGAAUACUAUCUGCCACACAACCGAUCUGAGGACAAAGCAGAGGUCAGGUGCAGUAUUAAUGCAUAAGGUUUCAUAAUACGUUUUAUGUAUAACAGGAAAUAGACUACUAAAAAAAAUUCUAAAAAAUGUUUCAAUUUUCAUAAGAUGGAAGUAAAUAUGAAAGCUUUGUCUUCAUAUCUGUUCAACCUGUACAAAAGUUUUGUUUUGAAACAAUUUAUGGACAUUAACAGGUCAAAUUGAUUGGGCAAAAGUUGUCCAACUUACCAUAAAUAUAUAUAUAUACAAACAGCAGAGAGACCUGGCACUGUUCAGUUUGCCUGCAAAUGUUAACACUGCACAAGGUUGAUAAUGUAUAUACAAACUUUCUUCUCAGCCUAUUGUUUAUGGAAUCAGUAGGGAUGUACAGAUACGUGUGUACUACAUAGCUGCUGCAACAGACAAGGAUUACUGCGAUAAGACUGUUAUAAUUUGGUAGUGAAUGACCCCCCCAAAGUUGUGCUUAUGGCAUAAGCCUUUAUCUUGUAAACCAGUUAUCAGUGAGAUGUCUCAUGAUGCAUGUAGUAUAUCGUAACCUUUGUAGGGCAAUAUGUAUCGUAUCACAACUCUUGUAGGGCAAUACAUAUGGUAUCGCAAUCUCCCUCCCAUCUUGUUACAGUGCUAUGAAGUCGUACAAGUAUGUAUUGUUGAAUAACUUAGUCUAUUAUGUAGACAUCAUUUCUUUAUAUUUCUCUGGUGCUAUUAACACCCAAGUAAUAUAUCUGCUUGUGUUAUGUGUAUUUUCAAGUCUACAGACACCUUGCUUCCUGGUCAUUCAACAUGAAUCGAGGUUUGUUUCUUUGUUAUAUCAGUAAACCUGAAAUUUUAAAAUGCUUGGAAAAUCUGUUGCCGUUCUUUCUUCUAGCUUGUUUUGUUAUAGAUUGUCAUGUCCUAUUUAUUUUACCUUGAUGUGUACUGUUUGCAUAUUUUACAUACCACUGUUCUAGGUCAUUACAAAAUAUAUAAUGAGCAUGGUGAAGAAAUAUCAGGCAUUGAAUCCCAAACCAUAGGAACGUCACUGUCCCAUGUACUUUCACCGUAACUAGGGCGUGAUAGGACUUUAUCCCAGAACACAGCCACGACUUGAUACCAAAGUUAUCUUAGAAUAUGUCAAGGAACUGAAUUGAGAUCAUAAUAUCGUCAUUUGUAACUCGAGUGAGUGACCACGUCUUCCAGUGGAGUUAGGUAUUUUGUACGAGCAUGACUCUGGACUGUUUUUGCCUGUGUGCUUCAAUGUGUACUGUAACACAAAAGAAUGACUGUAGAAUAUAUGCAAUCAUGUCCUCCUGUGGCUUGAAGGCCCACCAAUGUGAUCCCAUUAGCUACAAUAUCUUGUACAUGCAGAUAAAUCUUAGUCAAUAAAGUUUUUAUUAUUGAAA